AUGGCCUCGGCUUCCGAGCGGGAAUGGGCCGGGGGGGGCACGCGCCCCAAACCACCCGAAACACCCGAAACCACCCCGAAACCACCCCCAAACACCCCAAAACAGCCCAAAACCACUGAAAACACCCUCCCAAACACCCCAAAACAGCCCAAAACCACUGAAACCACCCCAAAA